GGAAAAAAGAAAGGGUGAUGUUCAAGUAGUCAGAUAUCAACUACUCCGAGAAGUAUGGAAAGACAGUGAAUGAUAAUAGCCAUUUCUCGCAUAGAUCAUUCAUGUGUUUCACGCAACUGUGGGAGGUGUCUCUGCUUUUGCUUUGGAUUCACCAGCAUUGUCAGAAUGAGUUCUAGAAGGCGUCCAUUACAUACCUGUGGUGUUUCAAUUUUAACAAUAGCUCAUAGAACCAUCGAGGUUUCCCAAGAUGCAGGUGAACCAUUAGGCUCAAUAACAAAAAGGGUGCUCAAAAUGUCUUCAUUUGCGAUCCCAUAUCUCAACGCCUUGCAGUAUCAAUGGCUUGUAUUCCUCACUUUCAUUGACGAUUUUAUCCUAGCAGCUGAGAACACGGUAGAGAGAGUUUUCCCUCCAUCAAAACAUGUUUUCAAUAAGAUUGAUGAUAUUGUUCAAGUCACAGAAACUUUCCCCAUGAAAUAUGACAAAGCGGUGACUACAUUCCCUACCAUUAUCCACCAAGUCCCUUUUCUAGAUUGGCUAUUGGUACAUAGUAUCUCUUUACUGAAACUUCUGAUCACUACAUUGACUUACUGGGGCUCUCAAGGUACAAGGGAGAAGGAGAUUAUGGUCGAUACAAACUGCGAAAAUCAUGAUAAUAACCAAUUUGUAUCCAUGAAUGUUUAUGACCACACAACAAAAGCCCAUGUCCAUGUUGAUAGUGAGAAUAAUACCAUCAAGGGUGAGUUUCCUAUUCAUGUACCUGAAACCCCACCUAAAGUUGAAACUGAGAUUGCUUCUGUGAAAGUUGACGAAGAUGACUUGAAGAGUACUUACAAAGAAGUUUUAGAGAAGAAUACCACAAAAGAUGACAAAGAACAUGGAAAGAAGGAAAUUAAUGUUACUAAGGGGGGAAGGAAGAAAGCAACAGCUGACAAAAAAGAUGAUAAAAAAGAUGGAGACCAUAAUAAGGAUGAUCCAAUAUUAGACUUGUUCGAGUCAGGAUGGCAAAUGAGACGUUAAAGAAAAGUAAAAAAGAAAGCUCAUUUUCUGGCUCUAUCCUGAAUACGCCAUUAAGACAGGCCAAAAUAGUUUAGUUUUCUUUGUUUGUGCAUAUAUAUAUAUACACGUAUAUUUUGUGUAAUUUUCUAUAUCAAUAGUUGCAAAGGAAUCUUACAUUUGUAUAUUUCUUUUGUAUUUCAUACAAUGGAUAACGACAACAAAUAAUAAAAUUGACCACUAAUUUAAGAA